AUGUCAGAUCAAAUUCCACCCAUCAAGCUUGGGUACUACGAUCCAUUUGAUGUCUUUGCCAAACUGAAAAAUGAUCUGGAAAUCAAAGUGCAACUGACCAACUUACAUUGGAGGAAGAAUAACAAAGAUACACUGAAAUCAAUACCCCAAUUACCAACGAAAUUUGUCGAGGAGACACCAAAAAUCUUUGACAAUAACACGCUUGGAGCUGGGUUCAAAUUUUUAGAAGUAAAUGCUGAAGAAUUGCUCGAGAGGACCGUGCGGUUACUUAAUGUCCCUUACACGAGAUUAAUGUUCAUUGAAUGUGAAAAUAUAGAUACUUACAAGUCGAAGGUACGACCACUGAUCAAGGAAUGGAUUAAAUCUUGUGUUGAUAAGUCAAAUGGUCCAGUGGACUGGUACUUAGUUUUUUAUGUUCCAAACUCUGACGCUGCUGACACCAAGUCAAAAACACGAGUAUUUGAGAAGUUAAGGUUGGAUUUCACUGCUGAAGGAGAAAUUGAUCGUUGCAUUAGAUUAAGGUCGAAAUAUUCCAAUACAUUGGAGGAAAAUGAGUCUUGGAACUCUCUGGUUGGUAAACUGAAGAAUGGGAUUCUUUAUUCGUUCACUGAAAGACUAGAAACCUUGCGUAAUGGACUAGUGAUGUUAAAUGAUGAUAAGGAAAAGAAAAACUCAAAUUUAAUGGCUUAUUUUGCUUUGUUAGAGGGCUUUGCAAGACAGUUCUUACUCAUGCAUCUAUUUGAGGAUGCUCUUGUGGAAUAUGAUCAUCUGGCCAGCGUGUUGAAGGAACAUCAAAACAACUCGGGUUAUUUUCCAAAUGUCAGUUUAGACUUUAGCUCCGAACAUCAGACAAAUUUGAUGGAACUGGUUUCCUCAGAGUCUCUAUUCACUGUUUCUGAUACACCUUUAUCGCUUUUCAAACUGAAAGCAUACGUCUUUGCCAAACAAUUUGUUGUUCUGGACUCAUUAUCGGACAGUGCGUCAUCAAUGUCAAUCUCUUCUAUCCAUGUUUCUGAAUUUUUGAGGCGUUUACAUGUUUUUUCAGCUGAAAUUGUUAAACUAUAUGCAACAUCUGAAGUUCAAAAGGUGCUGGUGAGUGAAUGGUCAUAUCAGUUGAUAGACGAGGUACUAUCCCGUGAUGUCUGUGUAAAGAUCAGUAAUCUUGCAGCUGAGCAAAGUGAUGAAAACAUCAGUCAAAUAUCUGAGCGCUUCGGUGAGCUGAUUUUCGUCCAAAGGUCACAGCUUAUAAAGGUUGGUCAGACGCUAAAUUACAAUAUUGGUGGCAUACUGAGUGAUAUUGACUUGUAUGAUGUUGAUGAUACAAAGGGCUCUACUGACAUACAUUAUACCCCUCUGAAACAAACUUUAGAAAGCUAUAAAUCAUUUGAGAACAAAUACAUCACUUUGACUGGAGAAGCAAUAAAGCAUUUCAGCAUUGCAGGAAGACCAAGGUCUGUCGAUGCGUUAUCAAUUGACCUGGCUCUAUUAGAUUAUCAGAACAAAAACUAUGAAAAAGCAGCUGAAGUUUUUUCAACAUGUCCAGAUUUCUAUGGUGCACAAGGCUGGGAACUCAUAAGCAAAAGCUUGCUGGAAAUCUAUGCUGAUUGUUUGGAACAUAUGGAUGAAAAAGCAGAGUUUUUCAGUGCGGAUGAAAAUUCGAUAUCGAGGGAGACGCUCUUAUGCAAAGUUUACUUGGAUAUUAUAUCGUCUAUGAAAUCAAAGUAUGGAGGUAGAGUCUUCAAGCCAGAAGUCAUUGAAGAAACGUUCAAAAAAUUUGAGAAAAUUGCUCCUUUGGAUGACGUUGAAUAUGCGGCUGAAACUUUAUUUGAUAUUGAACCAAUGCCACAUUUGAGCUUUGCUCAAGAUGAUACUUUGCUGUUGAAUGUCGAGGUCAAUAGCCCCUUCUUUCGUGAGUUGAAUUUAAAAAAUGCAAAGAUUUUACUCAAUAAUAUCCAUGGGGACGUUUUGGAGUUUCAUAAUGAAAGCUUGAUAAUUAAUCAUGGUUUAAACAAUGUACCAUUUAGUGCCACAAAUAUUGUUUUAGGAGAAUUCAAAUUUCAACAAUUUUCUGCAAUGAUUGGGAAUGUUAGAAUAAGUGAAGACUUUAAUGAUUCUAAUGAAGCCUUUAUCUUCACGUACCCGACUAAUAUGUUGCUAGAGAUUGGCAACUCUACAAAUAUUAAUUUAACUACAAAAUCCAUCUCAAUAUUCAUUAAUACUGGUGUUUCAUCUGUUAAAAAAUCCAAAAUUAGAUUGUGGAGUAAGACUGAUGGGUUUGAACCAAUUAGUGGUAUAAAGGCUUUCAAGCUAUCUGAUAAUUCCUCAAUUGAUCUUGCUGAGCAAGAUCCAGAAAAUUUAACACUUUCUACAAACGAACUUGAAGCUAACACAUCAUAUGAGGUUGUCAUCCCCUACAUCAUAAGUGGAGCUAUCAAUACUACUAUUCUUGAUUUGAAAGCACAGAUCAGUUAUGAAACUGAACACGGUGAUCGUUCUCAAACUGUUGCAAAAUACUUGGAUACUUCAUUUAGUAUUGCUGUUUCUGUCCAAGAUAUUUUCAAAAACACUGGGUUAUAUGCCAAAUUUUCUAUUGGAACUGCUGAUAUUGAUUUUCCAAUAAGAAUAUUAUCAACGGAUUUGGAAAGCAAUGAGAAAUAUGAGGUUUCAACCUCUUUCAAAGCACCAUCACUUAUCGCGUUUGGUGAACAACCAGGAAGCUUUUUCUAUAGAAUUCAAAAAAGAGAAGGUGUUAAGUAUAGUGAAGAUGACUUUUUGACCUUAGACAUUCGUUAUAGGGAUUUGAAAGAGGAGAUUAAACAAAUUUUGAAAAAGCAUUUGGCCAACGAAUUGGCUAAAACUGGCUAUGAGAAAUACUUGUCGCUAUUGGAACUUUUAUUGAAUGACUUGAAAUUCAAUUACACACACUAUGUUACUGAGAAAGAGAUUGAAAUUGCAGAAUCCAUUCAUUUCAAUAAAAAGUUGACCGAUUCAAUAAGUAAGGAAGAUAGAGCUGCAACUCUUGCAGUAUUUGAAAACUCACUUAGAGAUAUUAGGGUUCCAGAUUUAGCACAUUAUCAACUCAAGGACAGACACUUAUUCAUUGAUGUUCAAAUACCUUCAGUUCAAGUUGUUCACACUGUUGAGUUCAAAAUUGACCAAGCUACGCAUUAUGUCAUUGGACGAGCUAUCAACACUUUGUUAGAAAUUAAUUCAUUUAUGGGUGAUUCUCAAAAUGAGAAUAGUCAAUCGAAGAAGAAAGUCCAAUUUGAAAGUGAAAUAAGCACCAAAACUCACUAUUCUGUUGAACUGUUAACAAAUCAAGAUUCAUGGUUGAUCAAUGGUAAAACAAAAUUCAAGUUUGAUCUUGACAAAUCUGAAACCAAUAAAGUGGUUAAAUUGCCGGUUAUUGAACUAAGUUUGAUUCCUUUGAAAGUCGGGAAAUUAGCAUUACCAAAAAUACAAAUUUUACAUGAAGAUAUUGAUCAAAGUGAUGAAUAUUUGAUGGAAGUUGAUUACAAAAAUGAAAAUGAAACACUGUACAUAGUUUCUGAAGCAAUCAAUGAGUAG